AUGGCCCAAGAUGAAAUUGACAACGAGUCGGCCGGGCUCUUCAACAUCUCCAUCUCCGACUCGGAAGAGGACGACGUCGACACGAGCCACGGCAUCGCAAACUCCAAGAAGAGCCGGGAGGACCGCACCGGGCAGUCCGAGGAUGCGUUCCAGGCCGUGAAGCGCGAGUACCGGGCCAAGGUCGAGAACGGCGAGAUAUGGAAGUCUAUAGUUGUCCCGCUCGGCCCGCGCAGGGUGCCGAAGCACGAGGGCCAGGAGCUGCUGCACGCGGUGGAGGAGCUGUAUUUCUUCCGCAGGUUCGAGGAGGCCGUCUUGUUUGUCGGGAGGAUUUUUGACGGGGAGGGGGGCGGGGAUGGGCUGGACAAGGACGUCCGGGAUCUGCUUAGAACCUACGAGAGGAAGUGCAGUGAGAAGCUGGGCCGGAAGUAA